AUGAAAAAAAAAUACGAAGAGGAACUUAAUUAAAAUUAAUUCUCUAGGAAUGAAGAAUUCUUUAAAUAAUAUUAAAUUACUCAAGAUGGCUUAAUUAAUCUAUUAUACUAUCUUGAUCAUAUUUAUUUGGAUUUUUCAGUGGUAAAUGCAAAAAAUGAAACAAUAUACCAAACAGUUGUUGGAUUGCUGAAAAAUAUUAAUAUAAUUGUAGAAUAAAUUUAAUAUACAAUUUGGUUGGCUCUAAUCAGAUUAUUAUUUUUGGGAUUGAGAUCUUUUAGGAGAUUAAAAGAAGAAUAAAAUUAUAAUUCAAUUUUAAAUUAACGAUUGAACCAUCUGAAGAAGACUAUUUGGUUGACUUAAUUUAAUUUGAAUCUAAAUAUUUUUAAUCUAACCCGCUAAAAUUUUCAUCAGAUCUUGAAAAUUAACUUUAAAAAUAACUUAAUGACUAACUUUACUAAUUUAUCCCUAAAAUUAUUACUAAAAUUAAUUAAAAAUGUAUAUUAUAAAAUAUAGUGUAAUGAGUACAAUAUAAUUGAAAUUCAAUUAAUGUAUUUUAAAUAAAGUUUAAAACAAAGACAUCAUUGAAUUUUAUUGCUAAUGUAAUAAUAUAGCUGACUUUGGAUAACCUCAACUAAAUUUAAUUAAAUAAUUUUAAACACUAAGAAUGAAUAAAUUGUUGAUCUUGACAUUAAUUCAAAAAGUGAAGAUUUAUUAGUAUUAAGAAUAUUUACAAGUUCUUUAAUAAUAAUAUUUAUCACUAUAUAUAUCGAUCAUUUACAUAAAGAUUUCAAAUAAAAAUAAGAAUUUAAACUUAGUUAAGUAGCCUGAAUCCACCAAAUAUUUUAGAUAAAAAUUAAUAUAUGUAUUAAAGUAAUACUAAAAUAUUCAAAGACAAAUCAAAGUAAAUUUUAAUAUUUAUUUUAGCAAAUCCUUUAAACUUUUUUGAAUAUUUUGUGAUUAGGACAAAAACAUUCAAUUUAGCUAUAGAAUUUUAGAAGUUUACACUUAAUUUAAUUUACUUUUAUUUAAGCUAUUUUAGAAUGUUAUUUUUUAGGGAAUUAGAUAUUUUUAAUCAGUUUAUUCAAUGGCAAAUUGUUUCGUAUUAUGAUUUUAAGAAUUCUUUUUAAUAUAAUAGAAUCAAUCUAUAGAUUUAGAAAAAUUGCAGCUAUCAUUAACCAGUUGCUUCUUAUCAUUUUUUUGCUGGUGCUCAAUUUUAUUUUUUUUUUUUGAUAUAAAUGUAAUCCGAAUUAUUAAAGUUUUCAUUAUCUUUGACGGAAAUAUUAUAAUUUCAUUAACUCCUUAUAAAACCCCUUAAAAUCUAUGGCAGAUUAAUAAAAUAUAGGUUCAUAGCAGGAAGUAUAAAGGGCAUGAAUCUCAAUCCAAUUCAUCAUUGA